ACAAUGACCGAACAGGAAGACUUUGCCAGCUUGGCUGGACAUUGGAACACCUCUGAUGCCCACCAGUUCAGCCUGGCCAGUGUCAUCGUCCCUGUCGUCUUCUCCUUGAUUUUUCUUCUGGGCACCAUCGGCAACAGCCUGGUCCUGGCCGUGCUGCUGCGGAACGGGCAGGUGGGGCACAACAGCACCAACCUCUUCAUCCUCAACCUCAGCCUGGCCGACUUCUUCUUCAUCAUCUGCUGCGUGCCUUUCCAGGCCACGAUCUACUCCCUGGAGGGCUGGGUCUUUGGGUCGUUCAUGUGCAAGGCUGUCCACUUCUUCAUCUACCUUACUAUGUACGCCAGCAGUUUCACCCUGGCUGCCGUCUCUGUAGACAGAUACCUGGCCAUCCGAUACCCGCUGCGCUCCCGGGAGCUGCGGACGCCCUGCAACGCGGUGGCAGCGAUGGCUGUCAUUUGGGGCCUCUCCGUGAUCUUUUCAGGGCCCUACCUGAACUACUACGACCUGAUUGAAUGGGAGGGCAGCUACAUCUGUGUGCCAGGAUGGGAGGAAUGGCGCCGGAAGAUCAUGGACACCUGCACCUUCACUUUCGGCUACGUCAUCCCGGUGCUGAUCGUCAGCCUCUCCUACACGCGGACGAUUAAAUACCUAUGGACAGCGGUGGACCCCCUGGAGGACAUGUCCGAGUCCAAGAAGGCCAAGCGCAAAGUGACCAAGAUGAUCAUCAUCGUGACUGUCCUCUUCUGCCUCUGCUGGCUGCCCUACCACGUUGUCGUGCUCCGUUACCUCUACGGAGACUUCCCUUUCAACCAGACCACCUACGCCUUCCGGCUCCUCUCCCACUGCAUGGCCUAUGCCAACUCUUGCCUCAACCCCAUCGUCUACGCCCUGGUCUCCAAGCACUUCCGCAAGGGCUUCAAGAAGGUCUUCAGCUGCCUGCUGCGGAAGAAGGCCCGGAACAGGGUCCACGUUGUCCAUGCCGCUCAUACCGCCCACGGCUUCGAGGCAGGUUCCACAGAAGUCUCUCAGAUGAACGAGGACAACAAUGGGCAGCUGAAUGGAUGCGAACUGGACGCAAGGUCUCUUGUGGUCCCCACAGGACCUGGCAGGACUCUCCAUGUUUCUUAA